UACUUUUCACGUUGGACGUCGGUCUCCAGGCACAGGUGAUUUUUUCCAGCAACUGCUACUCUGUCAUCCUGGGAUGAUGGGGUGCAGGGACGGGGUGUUUUCACAAGGAUGAGCCGCCCUGUUCAUCACUGCGCUCAUGGAUGGCGGGAAGUGUCGACGUCGCGGUGGGUAUAUAAAGUUGCGCUGUCCGCGUGGGUCUUCUCUUCGUCCAUCACAAGCACAUCGAGCCUGCCCGCCUCUACAAACCGAUCUAUCCAUUCCUACUCGCAAGCACACCCUCCCCUUCUCCUCUCCUCAACCAGCAGCGCAAAACCACAACCAUGCACACCACCACCACGCUCCUCAGCACUCUCGUGCUCGCAAGCAGCACCCUCGCCGCCGCCGUCCCAGCAGCAGCCCUCACUCCCCGCGCCUGCGCCAUCGAGACACCAACCCUGCUCACGCGCCUCGACCGCAGCAACCCAGACCUCGCAAUUGGCAGUGUGAGCUACGCGUGGGCAAACCCGACCAUCUCCACCGAAGUGCAGUUCAGCAACAUCCCCGCCGGGGCAUUUGGCUGCCAGCUAGAGAUCUUCUUCCCGCCACGCUACGUCGUCGACAACUCGGGCGACAGCCGCGCGUAUUUUUACUCUCUGGACCGCGAGGUUAGCCCGAGCGAUACGUUCAAUAAUGCCCCGGCCAAGGUCAGCUUGAUCGGCACGGCGGAUGUGCGAAGUGAUUAUGCGAGGGAGACGAGGAUUGUCGUCAAUUCGGUACAGUGUAAGCCAAGUCUGGGAUUUAGGAUGGAUGUUGCGGAGGGGAAGGUGGGGUCGCUGGGGUUUAAUAAUUUGGAUGGGUUUGGCUUUAGGUUGACGCAUAAUUGCUAGACUUGGGUGGGUGGUGAGUGUGUGUGUGUGGGGGGGGGGGGCUUUGGGU